UUGGCCCUAUCGUUUUGUGGUUAGAAAAUCAGUGCUCUAGAGUAUUACAGGAUCUUUCAUUAAGACAAAGGUUAUUACUGUUACACACCCACCACUGUUGACCCUAUAAGCUGGGAUAUAGACAGGUAUACCCGCCAAAAAGUAAAGAAAAAAAAAACAAGCAAACAAAAAAUGGAGGUCUUAUAGCUCCUAACUUUAUCCCUUGAAUGAAAGAACUGAAGCUUCUGUCGUUAUACUCUCCCUAAAAGCACACGGUUGUCACAUUUUUAAUAACUACACAAGAACAGCAACCAUCAAGGAAGCGACGUUAAGAUCCUAACGACCCGUCACCAUGACUAGCACGUCUUCAGGGUCACCGCAGUGAAGGCGAGAUACCCUUUCUGUCAAGCUGUUUAGUAUAUUUUCUUCCACACUUCGAUAUACUGAAAUAAACGACAAACAAGAAGGCCGAUAAAUAAGUUUAAAGAUAACCACUCCUCCAAAAGUGUAUUGAAAUACUCCAUGACUACAGUUAGCUAAUCCCAUUUAAUUAGCUAUGUCUUAUAAUAUCACAGAAGUCACAGUAGUGCCUCAGACGGGUUUAAGACAUACGGCUACGCUCAUUUUUAUGCAUGGCUCGGGGUGGAAUGGAGUACUAUCCAAGAACGAUUUGGAAAUGGUUUUCGGACAGGAAUUCUCUUUUCCUCACAUUCGGGUUGUAUACCCAACGUCUCCAGAAAGACCCUAUACGCCAUGCAAUGGAAAGAUACAGCGUGUCUGGUUUGACAGGCAGGCAGUGGACAUCAGUGCACCAGAGGAUGUUUCUUCCAUCAAACCCAUGGCAGAAGAACUCAAUAGACUGAUAGACAAGGAAGUCAGUCUGGGAAUUGAUGUUAAAAGGAUUGUCCUGGAGUCGGUGCCAGAAGCAGAACGUCCCCUCUUGUUCAUGUGCCACGGAGACAGUGACAAAGUCGUUCCCUGGGCUUGGGGUGAACGUACUUUUGCACAGCUACAGCAGAGAGGAGUUAAGGGAGAGUUCCAUUCAUUUCCAGGCUUGAAUCACAGUCUUUGCAAAAGGGAAGUUGAGUUAAUGAAGAAAUGGUUGGUGGAUCUAUUACCUGAUGUAUGAUUACUGACUGGAGACACACAGACACACACAUGCACACCUAUACAGAUACGCAUGUACAUACACAUAUGUACACAUGUAUGUACGCACACACACAUUCACACAUACAUACUUUAAAAAUAUAUCUGUUUAAGUUAAGACCAUACAUAACAUAGCUUUAAACUAUCAACAUAAUUUCACAAAACAGCAAUUGUUUAUAGAAGGUAGAAUAACAGUUCACCAAAGCAUACCUUAUACAGCCAAUUAUGUGUUCACUAUAUUUUUUGUUAUAUUUAAUAAACCAUACAUUGCAUGAUUAAUUGAUUCCUUAUUAAUCCAAGCAUUUAGAAUUCUUUUUUGUUAAACCCUUAUACUGGAUUUGUAGUCUUCAGUAUAUCUUUGGGUUGCAUAUGUUGUUAUAGGUAGUUACUGUUAAAUUCAAUAUAAUAUAUUUUUCAUAGUAUAUACUUACCUAUGCAUAUUUUGUUAACUGAUGCAUCACAUAUCUUGAUUAAUAUCCUAUUAAUGUAGUCAAACAAAUGGAUAUAUUACCUUAUAUGUGAUUACUAACUGAGGUACACA